UCAGAACAAACAUGGCGUCUGUGAACGGAGAAACGAGGCGACUCUUCAUCCUACAGCUCCUCAUCGCCUCAAUCCCAGCAUGCACUGGGCUUACUGAAGAAGUGUUUGUGAGUAGACCUGAGGCGAGUGUUUUCCUGCAUCGCAGUCGUCGGGCGAAUUUCCUGCUGGAGGAGCUGAAAGCAGGAAAUCUGGAGCGCGAGUGUCUGGAGGAGAAAUGUUCUUAUGAGGAGGCGAAGGAGAUCUUUGCUCUGCCUCAGCAGCUGGAAACCUUCUGGAGGACAUACACAGCGGUGGACCACUGCCUCUCGUCCCCCUGUAAGAACGGAGCCACCUGUACUCGCCACGUCAACACAUACUUUUGCAAAUGUCCACCUCGUUUCCAUGGAUACAACUGCAACAAAGUGCGUUCGACCUCCAGCAACUGUCGCUAUGGAAACGGAGGAUGUGAACAUUUCUGCAGAGAGAUUCCAGAUCGUUCUUACGUCUGUUUCUGUGCUCCGGGAUACAAACUGGCUCAGGACAACAGCACCUGUCUGCCCGAAGAUGACGUCCCCUGUGGAAGACCUCUGUCACACUUUGGCCCCAGGGUUGUUAGAGGGAAAGUCUGCCCUAAAGGAGAAUGUCCAUGGCAGGCUCUGUUGACUGAAAAUAAUGAUUAUAUAUGUGGAGCCAUCGUCCUAUCAGAUCAGUGGAUUUUAACUGCAGCUCACUGCAUUUGGAGAAAACCUUCCGCCAUUUUCCACGUCAUCGUUGGUGAACAUGACCGUGAGCAGGACGAGAAGACGGAGCAGCGGCGGCGUGUAGUCAAAGUGUUUAUCCACCAAGGUUACAACCAAUCCAGCUCCGACAGCGAUCUGGCCCUGCUGAAGCUUUACCACCCGGUGAAACUGGGCGUCUAUGUAGUGCCCAUUUGCCUUCCCGCCCGGAACAGCAGCUUCAUCAGGACAAUGGCAACUGUCCGGCACUCCACCGUGUCCGGUUGGGGCCGCAUGGCACAGUUUGGCCUCCCCGCCAGAGUCCUCCAGCGACUGGUGCUGCCGAGGGUCCCUCUGCACGAGUGCCGCCUCCACACCAAACUGAACAUCACCAGGAACAUGCUCUGUGCCGGGUUCAGGACGGGACGAUAUGACGCCUGCGAGGGGGACAGCGGUGGCCCUUUGGUGACGCGUUACAAGAAAACUUGGUUCCUGACGGGCGUAGUGAGCUGGGGGAAGGGCUGCGCCAAGGAAAACCUGUACGGCGUCUACGCCAAAGUCAGCAACUUCCUGGAUUGGAUCGAGAACGUCAUGUCCACCGGCUGAAACCUGAUGUUUUCAGUUUCAUGAUUCUUCCUCUCAAAUUACUGAUCAAUCACUUGUUUUCAACAUGAAACAUCAACUUUAUAAAUCUUCAUUAAAAUACU